AUGGUGCGGCUGCGGCGGCGGCUGGUGCGAGGCGGGUGCGGGUGCGGCUACGGCAGCGGCGGGUGGUGGGUGCGGGUGCGGGUGCGGCAGCGGCAGCGUGGCACGGGUGAAAUGUGGACCCUUUAUGUUCAUUGCAAGAAUGGACUUCCAGAUGAGGAUUAUGUAAUGUUCAAAUUGGAAAAGCCUCAUAUAAAAUUGUCAACCUUGACAUCUCUUAAAGACCAGCUUGGGUAUAAUGCCCGGGACUUCCUGUACUACAAGAAGCGUUGUGGAAGUGAUGUUGCAAGUCUUCAGCCCCUCGAUUUUGUCAGACAUGCAGAAAUUAUGCUACAAGACAAUGAGAGUGAGAAGGAAAUUAGAUUAGUACUCUCAAAGGAACAAGAGAUAGCACAACAAGUCAGCAUAACACCUCUCAAACGACCAAGGCAGCAGCUGGGAGAAGAUGAGCAUCCGUUUAUGGAUGAUCCUUUUGAUGCAUACAAGGACUGGCGAAAGAAGCUACAACCGGAACAAUCUGAAAAUUUGAAGGAUGACACUAGGGAACAAACAGUCAACACGUAUAAGGAAUUUUUAAGGAUAAACGGGGACAUUCCAGAAAUUAUGGCAUUUGUUGAGCAACGUGACACUGAUGCAAUCAUAGACGAAGAUGACGAAAGCAACAGAAGCAACGCAACACCACCCUCAAAUAGGCCAAGCCAUGCAAGGAAGACAAGAGACGAGGGCAAUGGACAUGGCUCCAAUGAACGCAAGAAAAGAGGUCGUGGCGCUGUUAAAGGAUUAACAGUAGGAAACAAGAGAGUUAAGGAACGCAUUCAUACACUCCCAAUCGAAUUUUCAGAAAGCUGUGGAGGACCCAUUGGACCAAAUGCCCGUGCAUUUGUCGAUGAGGUUGUUAUAUUUACAAGGAAAUGGGCCCCACUAAUCGGAGUAAAUAGUUGGAAGGAUAUAAAGGAAGAAGUCAAACUAGAAAUUGCAGAAGAGAUACUGGUAUGAUGUGUACUAUUUUUUAUUAAGGAACAUUGUCGUUACUGUCACACCCGGUUUUAAAGAACAAUACCAGGCUAGUCAUAUGUGUGCCCAGGAAGUCCACACAUAUAACAACAGAAGCAAUAAUAUCAAAAACAGUGUUAUAUGCGGAAACAUACUUAUAAUUAACACUUACAUAAGAGAAUCGUAACACAAUAACUAAUCUUCAGGCUCAAUCUUCACAGGGACGGCUGACUGGGG